GUUAGCGGAACUACAACUCCCGAGUGUGCGGCUUUUCUGAUGACGUCACGCGGCAAGGCGGCCAAUCAGAAGCCUGACUUCCGGCCACAGCCCUUUUCUCCUUCCCACACAAAGGCUGCGGGCUGUACAGCUCCAGUCACCUCUCUUGUGAAAUUAUUCAAGAUGUCUGAAGGUGAUCCCAGCCCCGCCGAGGAGCCGAUGUCUGACAAUAAGAACGCACAGAAAAAUAGGAAGGUUCCUGCAGUUCACUAUGAAGAUAAAUGUUCACUAAAGAAUGAAGGACAAAACACUACAGUAUCUGAUGGUGAAGAUUCCAGUAAAGGAAUCGGAAUGAGUGAAGUUGGAGAACCAGGCACAACAUCAGAUCAAGAAGCCGAUAAGAGACCAGCAGGAAAAUAUGUUUACAACAUUCAAGACCACUCUAGGGGGACCUACAACAACUGCUACAACAUAUUCAACUCCAUAGAUCCAAAAACUGGAAACGUGUUAGAAAAGACCACAUAUCUUUGCAUAGAUUGUGGAAAAAGCUUUACAGACAGCGCACUUUUUGUUAAGCACCAAAAGACCCACACAGGUCCAAAAUCCCAUGCUUGUACUGUGUGUGGGAAAAGUUUCUCCUAUAACUCGCACCUUGUCAUACACCAAAGGAUUCAUGCUGGCGAGAGGCCUUACGCUUGUUCAUACUGCGCAAAAUGCUUCACGGACCGUCCAUCUCUUGUGAAACACGAGAGGAUUCAUACGGGUGAGAAGCCUUUCAAGUGCUCGGUUUGCGGAAAAAGUUUCACGGACCGAUCAAAUCUAGUAAAACAUCAUCGGAUUCACACCCGUGAAAAGUCCUUUACUUGUGUUCACUGCGGAAAGAGUUUUACAGAUCGGUCGAAUCUUGUUAAACAUCAAAGGAUCCACACGGGGGAAAAAGCAUACGAAUGCUCCGAAUGCGGAAAAAAGUUCACAGAGAACUCGACCUUGGUGGUCCAUCGUAGAGGUCACACUGGAGAGAAGCCCUAUGCUUGCAAAGAGUGCGGGAAGAGGUAUUCUUGUAACUCUCAUCUUAUUGUGCACCAGAGAACUCAUACUGGUGAACGACCAUUCAGUUGCCGGGAAUGUGGAAAAAGCUUCACCGACAGCUCGACCCUGGUGAUACAUCAACGUGUGCACACUGGAGAGAAACCAUUUGUAUGCAUGACUUGUGGAAACCGCUAUACAAAAAAGUCAGCUAUGGUGAAGCACCAGAGGACUCAUACUGGGGUGAAACCAUUUGCUUGUUCACAGUGUGAAAAAAGUUUCAUUGACAGUUCGUCUCUGGUGAAACACCAGAGGACUCAUACAGGUGAAAAGCCUUUUGCUUGCAUUCUCUGUGGUCGGCACUUUGCUGCCAGGUCGACACUGGUGAAGCAUCAGAUAACCCACACUGGAGAGAAACCAUACAUGUGCACAGUAUGUGGGAAAUGCUUCUCUUGUAAGUCUCACCUCAUUGUCCACCAACGCUUCCACACCGGCGAGAAACCCUUUCCAUGUACAGAAUGCGGUAAAAGCUUUACAGAUAGCUCGACCUUGGUCAAGCACCAGAGAAUACAUACGGGAGAAAGGCCCUUCGUAUGUAAGUACUGCAGCAAAAGCUUUAUAGACAAUUCAACCUUAAUCAAACACCAAAGAAUUCACACCGGGGAACGGCCAUAUUCGUGCAAGGUCUGCGAAAAGAGCUUUGCCGAUAGUUCGACCUUGGUUAAACACCAAAGAAUUCACACUGGGGAAAAGCCUUACAGAUGUAAUGAUUGUGGAAAAAGUUUUACAGAUUGUUCUACACUAAUAAAACAUCAGAGAAUCCACCGGAGAGGUCACCCACCCAACACAGUCAGAGGGAUCUAUUACCAUCUUCAAGACUGCAUCAAACUUCUGCUGAAUCCAUGGACAUUCAACCAAAAAGGUUCUAUAACAUUCAGUGAUGUUGUGGUACAUUUUUCCAAAGAAGAAUGGGCAUAUCUGGGAGAUCUGGAAAAGCAUCUUUACAAAGAAGUUACUAUGGACAGUUACCAAAUGCUCCAUUCAUUAGGUUUAGUGAAUGAGAAACCAGAGAUUGUUAAAAAGAUUGAAAAUGGAGAAGACACCCUAUGGGAAUAUAACUGGCUAAGAUUUAACGCAGCUAUAAUUCCCAAGGAUGAAAAAAUGGUCCAGAAUCUUAACCAGUGUUCAUAUUGGAUCUGUCAUAAUAAAUUUCUAUGCCUUACGCCUGCACAGGGGUACCAGGCAGAGAGAAAUAAAUGGACGUGUUCUGACACCAAAGCACCUGGACUUCUUCCAAAAUUUCAUGAACAAAUAGAUGUCACUCGUCUAAAUGAUAACAAUAAAACUUCUAUGAGAAGUGUAUCGCAAAAGGAUGGACAACCCAAGAAAUCCAUACAAUAUUCAUGUAAUGAAUGUGGUAAACAAUACCUACGAAGUUCCCAACUGAUGUCCCACCAGAAAACACACACAAGCGAGAAGCCGAAAAAGUGUGUAGAGCGCAAGAUGUGUUUUUCAGAAAAGAGUGAUCUGGAGAGACACGAAAAGACUCAUUCAGGUGUGAAGCAAUAUCAGUGUCUCGAGUGUGGGGAAAACUUUACUCAAUCUUUCCACCUUAUGGUGCACCAGAAGACACACGUUAGUAAAGAACAGUCCUCUGAAGGUGGCCACCUUAUAGGUGAUGGGACAAAGUUACAGAAAGACGUAGCCGGCAAACAGCGCCUAAAAGACAGACAAACUCCCAAAGAAAGUGAAAAGCCUUACCAAUGUACUCAGUGUAAUAAAUUCUUCACUCGGAAAUCCAACCUUGAUAUUCAUUAUAGAAUCCACACAGGGGAAAAACCAUACAUAUGUUCUGAGUGUGGAAAAACCUUUAUAGAUAGGUCAAACCUUGCAAGCCAUUUGAGAAGCCACACCGGAGAACGACCAUAUUCCUGCAAUGAGUGCGGCAAGAGCUUCAGCUACAACUCCGCAUUUGUGAUACACAAGAGAGUGCACAUCGGGGAUAAACCAUUUGUAUGUAGCGAGUGUGGGGAAAGCUUCUUCUCCAAGGCCCGCUUGAAUGUACACAUAAAAGCUCACACGGGGGACAGGCCUUUCAUUUGCGACAUUUGUGGUAAAAGUUUUUCCUGUAGCUCGACACUCGUAAAACAUCGGAUUAUACACACAGGGGAAAGGCCUUAUGUCUGCAAAGAAUGUGGAAAAACCUUUAUCCGGGGGUUUCAUCUCGCGGUGCACCAGAGGACGCACACAGGGGAAAAACCUUACGAAUGUGAAGAAUGUGGGAAAGGCUUCACAGACAAGUCCAAUCUGGUGAGCCACCAGCGAACCCACAAAACAGAGAGGGACUUUGCAUGUAAAGAAUGUGGGCAGAAAUUCACACACAGUUCCACGCUGCAGAAACACCAACUUAUCCACACCGGAGAAAAGCCCUAUGGCUGCUCCGAGUGCGGGAAAACGUUUUCUCGAAGCUCCAAUCUUGCCAUUCAUCUCCGAAUGCAUACGGGAGAGAGGCCAUAUGCCUGCACAGUAUGUGACAGAAGCUUUUACCAUAGCUCACAUCUUAUAAAACAUCAAAAAACACAUGCAAAAAACCAAUAAUCCACAUGACCAUAAGGCCAAGCAUUAAAGGGGUACUCUGCCCUUAGACAUCUUAAGAGGGGAUAAGAUGUCUAAUCUCAGCUGCAGCACCCCUGCCAUCUGGUGCACGGAGCGAACUUUGCACCGUGCCGAAUGACUGGCUAUGCGGGGCGGAGGCUUGUGAUGUCACAGCCACGCCUCAUCAAUACAAGUCUAUGGGAGGGGGCAUGACGACCAUCCCGCCCCCUCCCAUAGACUUGCAUUGAGGGGGUGUGGUCGUGAUGUCACAAGCCUCAGGCCCUGCACCCGACGCUCUAAACGAAUGCUGGGUGCAGCAGGGAGAUCAUGGGGGUCCCCAGCAGCGGAUAAGAUGUCUAGGGGCAGAGUACCCCUUUAAGCUGAAAAUGGAGUGUGAUCCGUUAAAGGAACACGCCAGGAAAAGUGAAACAAUGUCCUGAGGGAGCAUCAUAGUCCUCGAUUGCCCACCUCAGUCCUCAAUUGUCUUGAUAGCCCCAAAAAUGAAUGAAGAGGUCUUGGAUAUGGUAGCAAAUUUCAUGUCAAGGGAUGUGAGAGGAGAUCUGGGCCUUUGUAUUGGUCAUCUGAUUGAGAGAGGUCACACAUUGUAUCCAGCUACUUUGUCUUAUCAAUGCCAAUCUAAGAAAGCUUCUCAUUUGACGGACGGGUUAAUGGGGAACUAUCCUCAAGAAGCCAUCCUCAUACCUAGAACAACACUGUCGGAAUGGGCAACUAAAUGGAGUAGCUCAAUAAUACUUGGUGAAAACCAUUAGCCAAAGAACAAUUGUUAAACACACAGAUGAAAGAGAGUUUUGAUGGAUCGUUGUUCAAGUGGAUAGGAUUGAGCUAUCCCAUGCUCCUCAUGAAUAAGAGUGAUGCUGUUUCUAAAAGUUUUAAAGAUAAAUUGAAAUAUUAAAAAUGAAGUUUUAUUGAGUCAACCAGGAAUUUUGUUUUCUUUGCAGCUAUGUGUAGACUCCAAAUCUAGCUUAUCCCUUCUGGCUGACUUUGUAGUCUAAGCUGUAUGGACACCCCAACUGGGGACAGAAACAUUGGAACUAUUGUCUUAAAGAAAUAAAGGCCAUGACUUGAUC